AUGACGGAAUUUGUGCAAUCCCAGAUUCUCGGCACCACGUUCGAGGUCACCAGCCGUUAUACGGGCCUGCAGCCGGUGGGUGCAGGUGCCUUUGGGCUGAUCUGCUCCGCUCGAGACCAAAUGUCCGGUCAGUCAGUCGCGAUCAAGAAAACCAUGAAACCAUUCAGCACUUCAGUCCUGUCCAAGCGAACAUACCGAGAGCUGAGGCUGCUCAAGCUACUCCGGCAUGAAAACAUCAUCAGCCUAAGCGAUGUUUUCAUUUCUCCCCUCGAAGAUAUCUACUUUGUGACCGAACUCCUGCAAACCGAUCUCCACCGCCUCUUGACUUUUCGAACUCUCAAAGAGCCCUUCAUCCAGUACUUUCUCUACCAAAUUUUCCGAGGAUUAAAAUAUGUCCACUCCGCCGGCGUUGUCCAUCGAGAUCUAAAACCCAGUAACAUCCUCAUUAAUGAAAACUGCGACUUGAAAAUCUGCGAUUUCGGCUUGGCUCGUAUUCUGCAACCGCAGAUGACAGGCUAUGUUACCACACGAUAUUACCGGGCACCCGAAGUAAUGCUCACCUGGCAGCAGUACGACGUUCAGGUGGAUACCUGGAGUGCAGGCUGCAUAUUUGCUGAAAUGUUGGACGGGAAACCGUUGUUCCCUGGGAAGGACCAUGUUAACCAAUUUUCGAUUAUCACCGACCUUCUGGGGUCACCCUCGGAUGACUUGAUCGAAAGGAUUUGCAGUGAGAACACCUUGCGAUUUGUCAACUCCUUACCGAAGCGAGAGCGUCACAAUCUAGCUAAUAAGUUCCGAAAUGCCGAUUCUGAUGCCGUGGACCUGCUUGAGCGGAUAUUGGUAUUAGACCCAAAUAAGCGAAUUCAAGUCGGAGAAGUGUUGGAGCACGGAUAUCUGGCGCCCUAUCAUGACCCGACGGACGAGCCAGUCGCCCAGGAAAAAUUCGAUUGGUCAUUCAAUAAUAUUGACCUAACCGUGGACACCUGGAAGGUUAUGAUGUACUCGGAAACUUUUGACUUCCACAAUAUCGACCAAGAAAACAAGGUUUCGAUCAAUUGA